AUUAUUGAUAAAUUCAUAUCUUCAUAUUUACCUCUCAAAUAUGGAUGAGGGCACUGUAAGUGAGAAUGAGGAGGAUCGGAGUUCGGGAAGUGAAACAUCUGAAGAAAUGCAAAAUCUGGAACUAGAGGCUGAAGAAUUCGAUAUUACCCUUGCGGCAUCACAUUCAUAUCUGAGUCAAGAUCUUGUUGCAAUCACUGGAAGACCUGACCUGGAGCCUGGAUGGACAGGAAAAAUUCCAGUUAUGGCACACCAUGGAGCAGUAUUUCCUGGAGAAACAGUACCAAUGCUGCUUACAGAUACACAAGAUAUUGCUGUGAUAUCACAGGCAUUGGAUAAUGAUAAAAUCUUUGGAUUGCUUUGUCCUGAUGAAACGUGUACAUACAUUUCUGGGUAUGGUGUAUUAUGUGAAGUGAUUGAAGCAAGCGAUACCAAUUCACCACAAACAUUGUCAUUUCGGUCUCGAGCAAGUCAUAGAUUUAGGUUUAAAGUAAUGCCAAAAAUGUCAAAACCUAUACACUUGUAUGACAGAAUGAAAUUGGUAGAAAUAUUAAUAUUACCUGAAGUGCAACUUGGGGAUCCCUUACAGCAGGUGCGACUUCCCAGCCUCGAUCAUUGGAGACGAGAACGAACUAUGUUGGCUGAUAAUCGCUUUCGCGUAAUAGAUUCGGCGAUGACAACCUGGCCACAUUUUGUCUAUGACAUAUUCGACUUUCAUCGAAUGAAACAGACAAUAAAGGAAUAUUUCAGGAAUAUUGUUAAAACGUCAAUACCAGAAGAGCCGGUCUCUUUAUCUUUUUGGACUGCAUCGAAUCUGACUCUCACACCGAGAGACAGACUGGCGCUGUUCAUGGUGGACGAUGCUUUACUAAGGCUGCAUAUGGAAGUCCGUCUUAUUGGAUUGAAUAGUGUCCUGUGUUGUGUAUCUUGUUCGACUGAAAUCGCGCGAAGAGAGAAUAUGUUCGCUAUGUCCUCUGAGGGAGUGCAUUCAAAUUAUAUUAACUUGGGUGGAUAUAUGCACGAUUUGGUGACCGUCACCCGUACCAAAAACAUACAAUUGAGUGGCCCGGCUUCGGUCGAGUUUUCAUGGUUUCCGGGAUAUGCUUGGAGUAUCGCUCUAUGCGUUUGUUGUAUGGCGCAUGUUGGUUGGAGAUUCGAUGCCCUUAAGCGCGCAGUACGCCCAUCACAGUUCUUCGGCCUUUGCCGCAAUAACGUCGUACCACGACCUGUCCCAACUCCCCCCCUUCUACCUUCUCCUACCCCACCCCCUAAUAAUCUACCCUCAGACGGAUCAGUAUCACAACCUCUAUAAAACAUCUACCCUCAUACGAUUUUUUUUUCGUAGCAGCUGAGGUUCAUCAUCGGACGUCGACCUUGACGUCUGUCCACAACUGAGUGGUUUUUAAGGCUGUGUUUAUGGUUUACCACUAUGUUGUACCACUAAUGAUAUAAUACUUCAGCUAAAGUAUUUCCAAACCAAUUUGUCUUAAUUUAAAAAAGAGGGUACUACACACAAAUCAACUUGGCACCUGAUUUGACGACAAUGACGCGAGGUGGCUAUUUAUCUGCGUAUACCAAUUGUUCAAAGGCUUGGGUGGCCAUGGGCGGGAUCACUUAACGACUUAAUUACGGUGCUUUGAACGAUGUUUAAAAAAAUGAGAUCAUAUUUGAUAUAAAUUAAAUUUAAAUUCAAUAUUGUUAAGAAAAUGUUGUGUGGUUUUAUGAAACC